AUGGCGAAAUCAUCAACACCUCACUCAUUUGCCAGGAGGGAUCUAGGCGAAAUAUGUGUAAACUAUGACAAUAGAAGGCUUGAAAAUCUCAGCACGGCCACUCUACCUCGACAUGCAAGCAACAUCACCGGUGGGCCCCAGUGUGUGUUGGACUCUUGCCGGCAUCUUCAGGAAGAGGCUUUUGAGGUUGCGUAUUUACCGGUUGGGAAUGAUGGGAUUGUUGAUUUGGAGAAGUUGAGAGAGGGGGUCGAUAAGGCCGGAUACUCCAUUAGUGGUGGGGAUGGGGGUUGGCGAAAGAGGAGAUGGGGUAUGAUGAUGAGAGGAUUGGGGGUUCGCAGGAGAGGAGGUUGGAUGGAGUUAGGGCUAAGCUUGAUGGUGGUCGUGGUGAAUGGGAGUGUUGAGAGGAGGAAUGCAGGGAAUUUGAAUCUUUCGUUUGCGUGCGUGGAAGGGCAGAGUUUGUUGAUGGGGUUGAAGGAAGUGGCUGUGUCGAGUGGGAGCGCGUGUACAAGUGCUAGUUUAGAAGAGCCUUCGUAUGUGUCGAGGGCAUUGGGGGUGGAUGAGGACAUGGCGCAUACUUCAAUUAGGUUUGGGAUUGACAGGAGGGCAAUUGAGCUUACUGUGCGGGAAAUGAGCCCCCUUUAUGAGAUGAUGAAGGAAGGUAGUGAUAUUAAUGGGCACAACACUGAUUGGUUAAUACACUGAUGCUACAAUGACCAUGGAGUAAGCAAGGAGGCAGCUGCUGGUUAUAUGGAUUUUCUGUCAAAUGAGAGUGUAGCUCCUCGUUGGGUUCUGACUGCUCGAGUGAGUGUAUGGAUUACAGAUGGAAUAUCGUCACCCAGGCUCUUACUCUCGGAUGUCCUUGUAAAUGCACAUGACAGAGUUCUGGAAUCUUAGAUUGUAUAUAGCAUGACUCUUUUUGUCCAGGCACCCCUUUUUUUAGGGGAAAAAGAGAGAGAGCGAGUGUGUUUCCAGACGUUAUGAAUUCACGCAGAAAUAGAGUGUGUUUCCGGAUGUUCCAAAAUGUCAAUGAAUUCACGCAUUGGUGAA